CAGGCAUGGCCCGGUCCGUCUCCAGUCUCCUCAUACACGCUGAGAGGAGAGAAAAUAAUCUUUUUCCUAAAUAGUGGGAAGAAAAAAAUGCGCCUGAAGCUCUGGAUUGAAGUUUCUAAAUAAUGGGACGAUGCUGGGAGACUUCGUAGGACGGAGGAGACACUGUCCCUUCAAGGGACAAUACGAGGUCGAUACAGAAACAUACAAACGCUUCAGGAGGCGGAUCAUCCAGAGGAGCCACGGAGAGGGGCCCUGUGCGAGUACACCCGUGGCCCCUAGGUGGCGGUGUGAGCCCAGAUUUAAGCUUGACUCCGUCUGUCAGAGGCUGGAGCUCGACUCUCCACCGAGACACCAUGAGCCAGAGCAGAGAGUCCUGCAGGGGGCCCAUCAAGAGGCGGUGUCGGUGGGAAGGACGUCCCACGGUGAGGCCGUUCUACCGCCGAACACACCUCGCGCUGUCACGGUCAGGAGGCAUCCUGUCGCAGAAAACGUCACAGAACAGGGACUCGUGUGGAGAGCUGGAGAUCAAGAGCAUGAAAACGCACAAUGUGCCGGUACGACCUGUUGUGACGAAAGAGGACUUGAUUUGAAGCCCUUUGCUGUUCUGCACAAAUCCAGUGGGCCAGGAGGGUCGGCGACGAAGCUGCUGGCGCCGUCACUGCUGAAUGACUACUACACCAAUCUUCUCGACUGCAGCUGUAACGGCAUGAUUGCAUUAGCUCUCGGCUCUUCCGUUUAUCUGUGGAAUUCGGAAACCCGUGCUCUGGUGGGACAUUUGGAACCGGGUCCGCAGCCGGGACGGCCAUCCUGUCAGACGCGGUCCAUCUCAUGUCUCUGCUGGAGCAGAGACGGCAGAGCCCUCUGCAUCGGGACCAGGCGAGGGGAGAUACAGUUGUGGGAUGUCGAACACAAGCAGAACAUGAGGCGUCUGCCAUCACACAUGUCUGUGGUUGGCGCUCUUUCUUGGAAACAGCAGUUACUAAGCAGCGGCUCUGUUCUGGGACAUAUUCACCACCUUGACCCUCGGGCUCCCGCUGCUUUGGUCGGCUCAGCCGUCCAGGAGGAAGGGAUCUGCAGCCUGCAGUGGUCACCGGGAGGCGAGCGGCUGGCCAGCGGCUCCACGGGAGGUCUGCUCCACAUCUGGGACAGCCACGUAGCAGGGGUCACGAAGUCACGUCAGCCGAUUACCACAGCGAAACAGACGAGCGCUGUGAAGGCGAUGGGAUGGUGUCCAUGGCAGGGAGACGUGAUCGCUACGGGAGGAGGGUGGAAAGAUGGAGAGCUGAGAAUCUGGGACACACAGUCAGGAUCUUGCGUGACUUCUGUCAACACAAAUUCUCAGAUCUGUUCUCUACGAUGGGCUGACAGGAGGAGACAUCUGAUCACGGGCCACGGCCUCCCUCAUCACCAAGUCACCUGCUGGCAGUUUCCCUCCCUCAGCCCGAUCUACCAGCUCACAGGUCAUUCUCAGAGAGUCCUUCAUUUGGCCACGAACCCAGACAAUACUCAGCUCUUCUCUGCUGGAGCAGACCAGUGCUUUCACGUCUGGGAUCUUUAGUCAUCAGCACAGGUGGUCACUGUGUCCACAUUGACCUUAUUCAUUUCUUGGUAAUGCCUCUGUAGAGGCUGCACAUUUCCUGCCCCCUUCUCUGUAACAACCACAAUGCAAUUUCUGUAUUAUUUAUUUAUUUUUUUGAUUUUGAUUUGAUUUUACUGAAAAUGUGAUAAAAGUGAUGCUUAAAAAAAUAACUCAAAUACUGA